CGGUUGAUGGCAUCCCCAUCCCACUUCCAGUUUCACUCUGUCACUGUCCGGGUGCUGCUGCUGGCGCAAUGCUCAUCAGAGGAUCGAACCCACCACGACACCCGACCCAGGCACAGACAGGUACUUGGUGCACGAAUGGCAGGUUUCUCUCUUCUCGCAGGUUUUCUCUAACGAAGUCGCAAACCCAAAAACUCUUAACAAACCCUUGCCGAGUCACGGCUCCCGUCUUGUUGCUGUCAGUGCCAGCCCAGCCAUGGCGAUGCCUUCUUUUUCUAUCAUAUCGCCGUCGGGUUCAAACAGUUGCAGUGUGCUGUCCACCUCGACCGACGGUAGCAGCAAGCGAGAAGAAGGGCCGGCGAGCCUCGUGGCCGCUCAGCGUUCGAUCACACCUCGAGUGCAUACAUGGUGGCCCUGCGUCAAUGGACGUCUUCUGCAGACCACUCACUUGACCUGGCGUGCGGGCGCCUCCCCUCUGCCCACGCUAAGCUCGGCUUGUGUAUGGUCGCCACUGCAUGGCCCUGUCAUUCCCCGCCGUCAUUUCAUUAAGCUACCUGCCUUAACAUGGCCCGCCCCUCCAAGACCUACCUACCUACCUACCUCUACCUUACCUCACUUCCACUCCGUUCCAGUUCCAGUUCCAGUUCGAUUGACGUCCGAAUUUCGAGGUCGUUCUGCUCUUGCUCUCCAUCUGGGCUUGCCUACAGUCGAGACAAGCGACAGACCCCUCCACCCUGGCGCACCUUGCCGCAUUCCGCGUCCAUUACCGCACCUCUACUGGUCCGUUCAGCCCACUCGUCGCUUUCCCGCGCCGCCAAACCACUUCAUUCCGUCUUACAACCUUUCCAGCUUGACAGCUCGAGACAACCCCCGGCAAACAACAAAAAUACCCAAAAAGCCAUCACCGGCCCAGGAGCUGCUACGGACUCAGUACAAAGCAAAGCUUUCCGCAUCACAUCGCGCCGCCUCGCAUUCUGCUUCCAUUUCAAACGAACAGGGAACAUCACUGCUGCAUCCAGGCCCGACGUCAAACCCAUCAGCCGUGAACCCAGUUGCCCGGUCUCCACACAACCUGUUGCCCAACACGGCCCGCAUCAACCCUUCAGCGACCUUCCUUCACUCGCGCAUUGCCGCCAGCAACUCCAUCGACGAUUAUCUCGAGCGAUAGCACCGAAUCGAUCUAAACUUAAUUCACAAUGGCGUCGAACCGCCCAGCGGCUUUCAACACCCUCCGGAUGGGAGUUAUCCGUGAGAAGGUACAGGACGGCGUCACAGGAGAGACGCGGGAGAUUCAGUACACCCAAUGCAAGAUUGUCGGCAAUGGCUCGUUUGGUGUCGUCUUCCAGACCAAGCUGUCACCUUCCAACGAAGAUGCCGCCAUCAAGCGCGUUCUCCAGGACAAGCGCUUCAAGGUCGGUGCAGCCCGUA